AUGAAUUCAAGGCACAAACGCGAUAGCAAAAUUUUUAAAAAAACAUCGCCUGUAGAAUUAGUCGAGGCAAAGAAGUCCCGCAACAGCAGUAAACCCUUUCAAAAAUUACCUACUGCCUUAUGCUUCUAUGUAUGGACACGUCAUAUUCAUAGCACACCUCACGAAGUUUAUCUACAUCAACUUACAACACAUCAGUUAAAAGUGAGAUUGGGCGCUAUUCUAUCACUACAUCCAGCCAAAAUAUCAGAAAUCUUAUGGAAGAGAAAGAAAUCCGAGGACGAUGUUGGUAAUGAUGUACUUGUACUAGUUGAAGAUACAUUUAUUGCAGAACAUAUUGCCGAUGGCGAAAUGAUGACUGUGGAUUUGGAAGUUAAGGCAGACGGAAAUUUUCGACUUGUACUUGAGUUUUAAAGACAGUGACACUUUUUUACACACACAUUCAUACACUAUGCUUUUUUUUUCACAUUUAUUUGUUUAC